GGGACCCCGCGCAAUAGGGGAUCAUGGGGCCCCUGUGUCCUUGCCCAAACUCAAAAAAGCCUAUGAAAAAGGUACCAGGGGCAUCUCAUGGGGCCCCCUACUGACCCCGGGUCCUCGGGCAAUUCAUACACAACAAACUGUGACGCCCAUUUUUCUGCUUUCAACACAUCAGUUUCAGGGCAGGGGCGGACUGACAACUCAUGGGGCCCCUGGGCAAUAGGGCAUCAUGGGGCCCCCUUUUCCUUGCCUAAACUCAAAAAAGCCUAUGAAAAAGAUAAUAAGGGCAUCUCAUGGGGCCCCCUACUGACCCCGGGUCCUCGGGCAGUGCCUGAGUUUCCAAAUGGUCAGUAAACCCUUGC